CAAAAACUAGUGCUAACUUAGAAAAAUAUUUGAUAUAGAUAUUUUAACCGAGUUUAUCUUCCAGUAAAAAGAAACCAAAUUUAUUGUUAAAUCAAACCAAAUCAUUAUUCGAAAUUACAAGAGUAUCUGUUAAAGGAAUUGCCUGGAUACAUUUAAAAUAGGCAAUUUUUACCGCCAUAAUUAGAUGUUUAGUAAAGUAUAUUUUAGUAACUGGCAGUGUGCAAAACCCCCGAGAGUUUUUAUACAGUAGUUCACUAAUAAAAAUCAAAGAAUAUUUAAACAAUAGUGAAAAACUUUAGUGUAACCCAUACGGAAAAAGGUGUCUAAUUGUUAAUCAAGUAUUCUGAUGUCCAACCUUCCUGUCAACGUUAUUUAGUAUUACAAAUUUAAUAUUUUUAUAGUUAAGUAGUAAUAUUAGUAUAUAAAAAAUAAUGUUUCCUCGUACCAGAAUGAUGACUUAUUGAAAUUGGAAUCCAUCUAUUUGUAAUGAAUUUGAAUGCAUUUAAUAAAUCCGAACGGUAAUAUCGAUGUAGUCUGGAAAUGGUGUGUAAAGAGGAGGUACUACUAUGGUUUAAGGACUUGGAUAGUCAUAACAGGAUAGAUUUGGUGUAUGAGUUAUUAAAUAUGUGUUUGCCGUUCGAGUUGCGUUUUUUCGGUUCUUGUAUAGAGGAAUUGGGUAGACAUACUUACCUGGAACUACGCGGACCCAGCAUCACAGCCAACGAUUUGGAAAAAUUAUCAAAAGAUACUUCGUUCAAUCAUGGUAUAUUGGAUGAAAGUGUUCGGCACAGGCUUAUAAUUUAUCUCUCGUUACUAUCAUCUAGGAACUACAGUGUUGCCAAUUGGUUAUAUCGGAAAUUGUUAAGGACAGACUCGAUUGAAGAGUUUUUAAAAGAAAAAUGGAAAGAUGAAAUGUUACAUAGUGAAUUUUUAUUAUUAUAUACGAUGGCGUUACACCAUCCAGCAUUUAUUUUUGAACAAAAACAAUUUUUCAGUAGGGUGCUAAUGAACUUGAUCGAUAUUAGGGAAAAUAGGGUUUCGGCUAAACAUAGUGAAUUAGGAUAUCCGCCCGGGUUCGGCUAUCCAACCCAAAAGUCAAUAAUGGAAACUCCGAUGGUACCAGUAAAAACCGCCCAACCCACCUGCGGCGAUUCACCUGCGAUAUUCCAUCAACCCCCAGGUUUACCACAUUUACCACCACCUCCACCUACUCACCUAGAUUUUAAUGGAAUACCCAUGUGGAAUAGACCAGGAUUUCCGUAUGGUGCUCCUGAGGUGGUACCACCUUUCCCAACACCGACCAUUUCACCACUAGUCAGUCAAGCAGCUUCGCCUAGUCAAAGUAGAAGCUCGUCUCCACAUCGGACGCAAUUAGUGAGGCCUCCACCACCACCACCACCUAGUGGGAUUCAGCUUCCUCCUAUACAACCGCCCGGUUUAUCGGUACCAGUUACGAUCAACUUGGAAGUAUUAAGUGCACCAAUAGUCAGUACCCAAAUAGCAGCGGAAUUGGUACCUCCUCCUAAUAUACCAGUGUUUCCACCACAUCCUGAUUUAAAAGCAAUUGAGGAUGACCCAUUGAAGUUAAAUUCGAUAGAAGAAAAGCGUGAUAUUCUGUGGCCUCCGGAAGUGAAACCGAACGGUAUACGAUUUCCUUUAAUGGGAAAAUUGUCGCCGUGUUUAGUAGAACAAAUGCAGGCGAUAAAUUUAGAAGGUGAAAACGCUCUGCAUCAAUCGAAUUCGUCUAGUAAUAGCAGUCCGAACGAUACGCCGCCCGGUACACCGUCGACAACGCCCCACGGCCCCGGUAGGGGAGGAGGUGAAACGAUAACGAAACCAAGAUCAAACGGUAUACCUCCUUUCGGUGUUAACACUUGCCCAGACGCCCAAUCCCCGCCGCCGUUUAGCAACAGUACCGUGCCUUACAGUUUUCAACAGCCCUUUACGACUCUACCGCAUAACAGGUCAAUGUUUCACUAUAAUCCCGCGUUUAGGGCCACAUUUACCGCUCAAUUUCCAACACCGAAUUUUCCGACUGAUACCAAUUAUCCCCCAUACACUACCGUUCCUUAUAUCCCUAUUAUGUAUUCCAGCCCUUACCCUCCGAGGACUCAACCGGGAUGUUAUAAUUGUGGCGCGCCUAAUCACGUCGGCAGUGAGUGUACUAGCCAGAACAUAGAAGAGAUUACCCAGAAGAAAACUUACGUUUUGGAUUAUAAUUCGCCUUCAACCGAUCCGGAGAAAUGAUAGUGUGCAUUAUGUUUGUGCGGUCACCAAUACCAUUAGAUAUGGCGGUGGGAUGGAUUCGGGUCGAAGAGUGUCGAUUAGAAAAUUCAUUUCCGAUUUGGUAUUCGUUUAACUACCGACUCGAUUCGAAAACUAAGAGUGAGGUUAGCUUUACCUCGAUCGUCGUUUGUCCUAUAAAAAGAAGAAUGAGACGUGAAUCGGACGUUGCCAAACUUUUGCUGUGUAUCUUUUAAAAAAUGUAGGUAUCUAUCUAUCUAUAGCUAUAAUUUUUUUUUAUAAGACAAAUAACGAUUGCUCGGAUUCAGAUAUUGUGUGAAAUGAUGCUUUUACCGAAAAUUCUAAAAUCCUCAAUUUUUGAAAUGUACAUUUUGAAAUUAGCUCCUAUUUUUCUUCAUUCUAUCAUGUUUUCCUACUUUUUACUAGUGUAACUUGUAAAAUUUGAACUAUAUUUGGUUUUUUGUCCAUUUCUAAAUAGGUCUAGAGAACCAUAAUUUUUACUCUAGUUUCAAAUUUUCCUCUUAAUUCUUUAUAAAAUAUUUUAUCUGUUACACAUCAUUCUGAACAAUUUAUUAAUAAUCUUAUUUGUUUUCUGUAUUUCCUUUAGGUAUUUCCUAUUUUUUUAUUACUGAAAAUUAAUAUAAAACUGGUUUUUUUGUUUGGUUGCUCUAAACGAAAUUCAAAAACUCCUCCUAAUUGAGAUAUGUACCUCUCAGUGGUAAAAAACUGUUUUUUUUUUAUUAUCAUUACACCGACACACAAUUAUUUCAAAACUUUUUCUCAUUUUUCGCUUUUUUUCAUAAAGUCCACGUUUCGCAAUAAAAAAAUUUCACAAUUAUACAGCUUUUCAUAGUUUGCUUGUUUAUUUCCGGCUCGAAGGACCAACAAGUGUCAACACUUUCUCUCAUUUUCAUUUAUUUUUGUGAAAUCCACGUUCCACAAUAAAAAUGUCACAUUUACACCGCUUUCCAUAGUUUGCUUGUUCAUUUCCGGCUCGAAGGACCAGCGAGUGUAAUUGUGUGAGUGUUGGAAGAUCAGCAAGUGUCAGAACUUUCUCUCAUUUUUGUGAAGCCCCUCGUUUGACAAAAAGUAAUCUCACGAUUACACUGCUUUCCAUAUGUUGAUGCUACAUAUCCGGCUCGAAGGACCAGGCAAUAUAAAAGUGGGAGGGUCGGUGUACAUAUCAUGAAUCAGUUGUAGUCAUUCCAAUUUCGGUUUUUCACAAUGGUUGGAAAAAAUUGUGAUCAUAAAAUUAGUAGUUUGGAAAAUUUUUUUCCAUAUGUUGCUGGUUUGUAUACGGCUCGAAGGACCAGACAGUAUAAUUAUGUUUGUUGAUGUAGGGUAGUAUAAACAUUGUAAUAAUCAUGUAACGUUUUUUUUGUCACUUUGUUUAGUAUAAAUGUACGAAUGGGAGAUUUACGAUGUUUGGUCACUUUUUUAUGGUAGUUUUUCUUUUCUUUCACUUUCUAAUUUUCCUUUUUGGAGAAUAGUACUACCAGAUCAUUUGUUUUUUUUUCUGUUAUAAUUUCAUGAGUCUUCUCUUUUUCUUCUUAGUACACCAACACUAAAUAAUUAUACCUUCUGGUCCUUCGAGCCGGAAAUAAAAUCCAAAUACUGUGAUUGACGAUGAUGGUGUAGUGGUAGUGUUUAGUAUGUUCAGUACUUAGUUCCCAAAUCUGUUUUGUCACUUUUUAUAUUAUAAUUAUAACAAAAAGGAGAUUUAUGAUGUUUUUAUCCAUUAUUCUAAUUAUUUGAUCUUGUAGCUUUGGAGUUCGAUUCAAAAUUUUCUUUUUAUUGUUGAAUACUGUAGCAAACGUCGAAAUUCGUUGACAAACGACAGUUAUUAGAGACAAUGACUUAUUAUCAAUUGGAUAUUGACUAAAUUUUUUUAGAAUUUUCGGGAAUAUGGCACAAACGAAGCCGCAACCGUUUUUUUUUAAAUUGUAAUCCCAUGGUGAAAAUGUUCCAUCUAGACCUUUUUUUUUUAAAGGAAAACAAAGCAAUAGUUACAAAUUGGAUAUCGAAUUUGGUAAUCGAACAUUUUUCAUUGCGAAAUAGAUAUUUUCCUACCAAUAAUUAGUGAUUUAUCCUGAAAUUGGUCGAAAUAUUGAAUCUGCAUGUAGUCAGAAAAAUUUUUCUGAGAUUUAUACAACGGAUGAUAAUUUUUUUGAUGAUGAUCGUUUUCACUUGAUUAAAAUUUUGUUAAUAUGCAUGCGAUGACUUUUACAUAUUGAUUGUGGGAUCAAAUUUAUACGGAAUUAAUUCCAAAAAUAAUUGAAAUAAUUAUGAUAAAAAAAUUGAAUUGCUCUGUUCUCUAUUGAAAAAUAACCAGUUUUCAUUCAGAUGGAACAAGUGUAUAGAGACCGUAAUAAAUAUUUUAGUGAUUUAAUGAACAGUUACCAUGGUGGUUUUUUUUUAAAUGUAAUUUAGAAAACGUGUAAUUACUUGUAAAAAGUCUUAACGAUUUUUUUAUUUAUUUUUUUUUGUAAUUACCUUCUCAGACUAGGUCAAAAAAAUUGGUCGUUAGUUUUUUUUGCUAUAAGUUAUAGUGAAAUCCUAGUCAAUAUCUUUGUGAUUAAUGGUUUUAAAUUAUUUUUGCAAACUAUUAACUCCCUUAAUUUUUUUCUUUUUUGAAACAUUAAUGUUAAAUAACAAAAUAUACACAAUGUUAUUUGUAAACAGUGACAUGGUGAAAAGUGUAUGGAAUUUAAAUGAUGUGAUAUAUAUCUAAUAACAUAAAAAGAUAAAUUCUGAAAAAUUGAUUAUUUUGAUGUUUUUGUGCAAAUAGUUUUUGUUAAAUGUAUUUCAAUUUUUUUUUAUUUAUUUUAAUAAGGUCGAUUUUAGGGGUCUUUUAAUAAAUAAUUUAUUAUUAUAUAGAAAACAUUCGUCCACGAAAAAUCUAUUUAUAAAUUUAUAUAUUUUUUGUCCUAAAUUCUAUAAAUUAAAUAAUUUGACUUUAGAUAAUUGUUAAAUUAUUACAAAAAUGGAGUUUUUCGAAUAAAUAACUUCAUAAAAUCCCCAAAGUUUUUAUUCUAAUUGAAAAUUUAUUUUAAAGUUGAGUUGAAAGUACAUACCCUGUAUAUUUUAUGUUAAAUUAAAUUAGCACUUGUCGAUAGAUGAAUAAAUUAUAUAUAAUGAUAAUUUUUAUAUAAAAAUUUCGUUUUAGAAAGAAAUUUUAUUAUUUGGGUUACUUUCAAACACUCUAAUGUAUUUUUUUUUAAUUUAUAAAUUCGCAAAAUUAUGAAAAAAUUUAUUGAAAAGCAUUCAUUCAUUUAAUUUCUUUUUUUUAAACUAUAACUAUAGGAAAUUUUGAUAAAAUUAAAUAAAAAAAUUGAUUAUAAUGCAUUUAUAAAAUAAAAUUUAUAAUUUCAUCAUUUAUAUGUAUUUACAUUUUAUAUUUAUUUCUUUUUUAACAAAAAUUUCAUAAUUACAAAAAAUUCUGAAAAAAAAAUAAAAUGAAAAAAAAUUGAAAAUAAUGAAAUUAAUUGGGGGGUGCCCACUCGAUUUUACUCUUAUUUAAAUUGGCGCAUGUAUAAAAUCAUUAAAUCGAUACUUUCUCUUAUAUUAAAUAUAUUUUUUCUAAAUCAAAUUUGUAGAAAAAAAGAAUUAACAUACAAAUUAACUGAGCGGUUACCCACUAGGAUCUUACUCUAUUUUCCUUUAACAUAAAUAAAUUCGUGAAAUUGAUAUUUUUCUUGUGUUUUAAAUAUUUUUUUCUCAUAUUAAAUUUGUACAGAAAAAAAAAUAAAAAUCGGAAUUAAUUGGGGGGUACUUGCUUUUAAUCUAAUAUAACACAAUAUUUAAAUGAAUAAGUUCAAUAAAAUUAUUAACCAAAAAAUUAUUAAAAUUCGAAAUAAUUAACAUGAGGCGUUAGCACAAAAUUUCAAAUACAGUUUGAUAAAAAAAUAUAAUAAAUAUUUGCCUCUGUCACAUUUAAAAAAUAACACCGUGUAUAUAUCUAGUCCAAAAAGCAACCGAGUGUCAUUUUAUUAAUUUUAUUUAUUUUUCAAUAAAAUCAUAAUGAAUAGAAAAAGAAAUUUCAAAAUAUUGAUAAAUUUUAUUUGAAUUAAAUACUUUUUUUUUAAUUAAAUAAUGGUUACUGAUCCCUUUUUUAGGCGAUCUCUUAUAUUUUAACUUUAUUUGAAUCAAAAUGAAUUUUUUUUGGCCUAGUAUUUUCUACUGCAAAUGUUAUAUACCAUGUGUCCACUUAAAUUCAUACGAUAUGGGAAAACAUUAUUAUUGUUAAUAUCACAAAAAAAAAGUUGGUUGUAUUUUUAUUUUUAAAGUAAGCAGAACUUUUUUAUGAAAAACAACUUUUUUUUCGGAAUGUUGACAAUAAGAAAGUUCCCCAUACGUUGCGAACUUGAGGGGUAUAUAGAAUUUCAUUUUCAACCGUUUAAUAAUUGUUCAGAAUCUCCCGAGUUUUAAUUUUACCCUUUCUAUUAAUUUUAAAUCCAAACAUCCGUACUUAUAAUUUAUAAAAUUGUUACCGUAUUAAAACAAAAACACCCUGUAGCUAAUCAAACUUUUUUUAUCUGUGAAAUAAAUUAUAUUUGACCGAAAGGAAUAAAAAAUAUGUUUUGUUUGAAA